ACAUGGGGGUCUUGCCAGGGAACGAGGAGGGAGGGGAUAUUUUAAUGGCCGUCAGUAGCUCUACAGAAUGCAAAAACUCCGGAUUAUCCACUAUUUUUAGACUAUAAGAGCUACGGGUGCGUGUUUGUUGCUUUUCUUCGGUGACGACUCUUGCUCUGGGGGCAUAUUCGGGUUGGAGAAGUGUUGUUUCUGCUGCGCUUCACGGACUUUACCCGCUUGAUUUGUGCGCGAGUGGGAGCUGGGAGCUAAGGCCUAGCCGGCUGGCUAAAAAACACAACCGGACGUUUGGCUAGUUGCUGGAGUUGAAAGGGAAUAUGUAAGAUAAAGCAGCCGACAUGACAUCCAGAUUCGGUAAAACAUACAACCGCAAGGGAGGGGAGGCUAAUUCUAAAUUUGAAGAGGUCUUCUCCAAUAAGAAGCCCACACUAACAACCAAAUGGGGGGAAACCACCUACAAGGCUCAGUUGGGAACCAAAAGGCCCCUUUUAAAGCCAGAAGUUUCUGAGCUUCCCAAGAGGCCCCGGCUUGAGGACAGCGACAGUGAAGAAGACCCAUUUGGGUUUGACAGUGAUGAUGAGUCCUGCAAGACUGUAUCCUCUGACAGCGUGUCCCAGUCGAAAGUCACUGAUGGGAAUGUGAAGAAGGCGACCGCAGUGCAGGGCGGUGGGACAGCCAAUGUUGUGACUUCUGCACAGGGCUCUGCAACCUCAACAGCCACAUUCACAAGCAAGCUACCACCUGAAGUGAAGGUUGUGAAGAAUAAUCAGCCCCGGUUCAAAAGUACAUCAGAUGGCAACCAAAAACCUGCAUUCAUGACCUCUUUGUCAAACACAAUCCCUUCUGAUGAUCACAAACUCUCAUUGUCCCAGAGGUCCAUUUCCUCCUCUCUUAAUGUAGACACCUUCCUUAAACUGUCCACUGAUGUACCAGGUGGUAGCAGAGACUUCCAAACCUCUUCCUCGUAUGAUGGACUGCCAUCAGACGAGAUGCAAAGUGUUGAGCUGGAGCCUCCACCAGAACCAGUGGACAACCUCCCCCCUUCCCCAUUUACUCUAAGGGCCUCAAAUUGCAAGAAAUACCAGCGCCCUGGCAAGUCUAACAAAAUGUCCCCCGAACCUGCUGAAAAUAGCAACAAGCUCACAGAAACAGUGAGUGCCCAAGUUAAACCCAACAGUGUCCUUUCUGCUAGUGCAAGUGGUACUGCUGCCAAUGCUAAAACAGCAGCUAAGCCUGCAGGCAGGGGUGGUGGGAGGGUACGGGACUACACAGUUCUGCACCCUUCAUGUCUGUCAGUGUGCAACGUCACCAUCCAGGACUCAAUAGAGCGGAGCAUUGACGAACUGGUCACCCCAGCUGCUCCUGCCGACCUUGGAGAAGCUGGCCAGAUGAAGAAGAAGACAGACGCCCCCCCACCCAAAUCUAACAGGUUCAGACCCACCCAGACAAAGACAAAGAAGACCAAGGCUGAGACCAAGCUUGAGUUUUUUGGCUUUGAGGACAAAGAGGACCAGGAGGGUGAGGUAAGCCCUGAAGGUGGAAUGGCAGGCAAGAGUAGUUACAAGAUCAAGUACUUUGGUUUCGACGACCUGAGUGAGAGUGACAGUGACGAGGAGAGCUCUCAGGUCAAAGAGAAGAAGGCCAAGAAGGCAGCUGCGGCCUUAGCUGCCCUGAGCUCCAGUUUGGACAGCCCUCAUACCAGUGACUCUCAGGACAGCCAGGCCAGCAGCAAUACAGAUGCUUUUGACUUCUCUGAUGACUCCAGUCCCAGUGGCGCUGAGGGGCAGAAAGGACGCUCAGGGAAACCGGGUGACAAAUCCAAGGAGAUUGGGAGUGGCUUUAAAAAGAUAUUCAGUGGACCCAAAAAGUCACCUGCCAAGGCUGUGUACAACGCUCGCCACUGGAACCAACCCGAGCCUGAAGAGAUUCCCGUGCCUCCACUUUCUCGAGCUCAAACUGCUCCGGCAAUUUUAUCGAGCAGCAAGGACAGCAACUCCCAUAAAGAUGAUGGCUUGUUCAAAGCCCCUCCACCACCGCCCAAGGUCAUUAAGUCUGAGACCAUCCCCACACGACUCAACCAGGAUAUUGUCACAGCGCUCAAAUGCAGGAAGGAGCACAAGGAGCUGUACACGGUGGUGCAGCAUGUGAAGCACUUCAAUGACGUGGUGGAGUUCGGAGAGAAUCAAGAGUUCACAGAUGAUUUUGAGUACCUGGAGACAGGCCUGAAGAGCAGUCAGCCACUCAACACAAGAUGCCUUAGUAUAAUUAGCCUGGCCACACGGUGUGCCAUGCCCAGUUUCAGGAUGCACCUGCGGGCCAGAGGGAAAGUGGCGCAGGUCUUCAAAAUGCUCAGUGAUGCUCCACAACACCCGAACCUUGCUCUGUGCACGGCCGCCCUGAUGUACAUUCUGAGUCGGGAUCGUCUUAACAUGGAUUUGGACAGGGCGUGCCUGGAGCUUAUGAUCAAGUUGCUGGAGCUGGACCAGGACUACUCCGCCCACCAGGAUCAGCUCACCGCAAAGGAGGUGGAAAAGGUCAAGGAGAAAAUCAGGAAGCUGUGUGAGACUGUGCACAACAAGCACCUUGACUUGGAGAACAUCACGACUGGCCACCUCGCCAUGGAGACACUGCUCUCUCUAACCUCCAAGAGAGCUGGGGAUUGGUUUAAAGAAGAACUGCGGUUACUGGGAGGUUUGGACCAUAUUGUUGACAAAGUUAAAGAGUGUGUGCACAACCUGAGCCAAGAGGACGACAAGGAAAACCUCGUAGCAUCUUUAUGGGGGGCUGAGAGGUGUCUGAGAGUGCUUGAAAGCGUGACAGUGCAGAACCCAGAAAACCAGGGUUACUUGAUUGCCUACAAAGACUCACAACUCAUUGUCUCUUCUGCCAGGGCUUUGCGGUACUGUGAGGAUAUGAUCCAGCGGUACAGCAGGGCGUUAAACAACAGCUCUGUGUCCUUGUCGGGUGCAGCGCUGCCCCACUGCAGCUUCAGUAACGUGGGCAAGGCGGUGGAGGACUGCAUGAGGGCUGUCAUAGGGGUGCUGCUCAACCUUACCCAUGACAAUGAGUGGGGAAGCACUAAGACAGGUGAGCAGGAGCAGCUAAUAGUAACUGCUCUGAAUUGCAUCCUUCGAGUUCCACACUACAUCCCCCAGGAGCAGCGCUUUGACGUGCGAGUACUGGGUCUGGGUCUGCUAAUUAACCUUGUGGAGUACAGCUCUAGAAACCGCCACUGUCUGGUGGACAUGGAGUACUUUCUUGACAACACCUGUCUGGAAGACAGCCUGAUGCAGCCUGCUGACCCAACACAAUCUGACACAGCUGCAACGUCAGCGUCGGCACCACCAAGCACAACUGAGACUCUGGGAGACGGGGCUGACAAGCCCAAGUCCUCUGGUGCUUUGGCUGCCCUGGUGAAGUUCUUCCUGGAGAGGGAGCGCGCUGCCAUCCUGGCUGAGGCCAAGACUGACGACCUCAUCAGCGAGGCGCCCAAGCCAGCCCUAGACCAAAGCGGAGAGUGGCAGGAGACAUCGGGAGAGAUCCAGUGGGUGGCAGCCGAAACCAACGACAGCCAAACAGAGACGAAAGAGAGUGAGAAGAAAGAGGAGGAGGAUGAGGAGUUGGACCUAAAUAAAGCUCUGCAGCAUGCAGGCAAGCAUAUGGAAGACAGCAUUGUUGCCUCCUACACCGCUCUGCUGCUGGGUUGCCUCUGCCAGGGCAGCCAGGUAAAUGUGACUACUGUGAGAGAAAAUCUGCCUAAAGGGGAUUUCUCCAUUAUGACAGAAAUGCUGAAGAAGUUCUUGAGUUUCAUGAACCUCACGUGUGCAAUGGGCACCACAGGACAAAAGUCCAUCUCGCGGGUCAUCGACUACCUGGAGAACCUUUAGCAGACAGCUAGGCAGCGAACUCACACUCUGCACAUUAAAGGGAACCCAGGCUGUUCGGGUGCCCCCUAGCCGACAGGAGCCACAAGGGGUUAUUGGAGACUCAGCAGCAUUCCCUUGACUUCACCAGAUCACCCAAUGCUGUGACCAGUCUGGAUUUUCACCGAUAGAGGCGUACGCUGAUGUGCGUGUAAACACACAAAUAUUAAAGUUUCACUCCCUUUCAGGAGCACAGCAUGAACCAAAGCCCCAGCUAGCUGACGGACACGCAGUUCCUUCAGUUCCACUGAACGGCAAAUUCCAAGUCCGAGAUCCAUCCUCAGGUAACUGGGAUUCAGGCAGAAGCUAGGCUAAGUUUAAAAAAACUCUGCGGAAUGUCACAUGAAGAUGGACGCAGAGUAGAUCUUUUUAUGAAACGUCCCCAAAGGUUGGACAGUAACGGUCCACUGAGGUGGAGUCUCCUUGUCUGCUGUCGAUUCUCGGUUGCUUAGCUGGAGUGUGAACCACCGAAUCAAAUUUUAUGGGUCAUUAUAUUUUAAUCUCCACUCUCCACAUCAAAGCCAAGGGUGAAAUCAUUGAUUAGCAUGAAAGAAACAAUCAUUUUCAUGGAUGUUAGAAUGAUGUCUAUGUGUAAACUUGUGUGGAAUGAUAAUUGAAUGCAUACAUCCAUUUACUUACAUGUUUGCUGUUGGCUUGAAUGUUUAAGGGAAAGAGUAUUUUUAAGCUUUGAUUUUAUUGUUCUCAUUGUGCCCGUUAAGUUGGUAAACUGCGAGUUAGCAAGUUGCAUAGGUGUUCCUCUCAUAUGUCUUUAGAUUUUUCUUUUUUUUCCUUCGAGGGCAUUUUUUUCCUUUUAAACCCAUAUUAUGAAUUACUUUUUAAAAAAUCAGGACUGCGUGACAUGCCGACGUUGAUAGCAUGUCCUUUAUUUGACCGAUAAUGGCACUUGGAAAUUAUAUAUAAUGAAUUUUGGAUUUCCUUCUUACCCAUUAUCAAUUCGUUCAUAUUUUAGUUUUAGGUUAUUUAAAUUCCAAUUAAUUCAACAGUAUGAAAUCACAGUAUGCAUUUAACAGGUAUAACAGGUGUGAUGAAUUACUCAAAAGAAUCGAUGGUUGUGCUUCCUUUUUGAAUUUGUAAUGAAGUUUAAUUUUUUUUAAAUGUAUUUAAUUUAAUGCUUUCUCCUCCUUUGCAACGUCUUUACCUAGCAAGAUGCCAUUUGUGUCUAAAGUUUCACAUCAUGUCUCAUUACACUAUAUUCCAUGUGAUACAGCUCAGUGGCUGGACAUAAUACAUGUACGUAUGUGACAGAUUCUGAUUCUCGGCUUAAACUCGUGCAAAAUUUCCUCAAAACUCGCUGCGUUAAAAUAGGAAAAGUCAUUUUUAUGCUCCUGUUAACCAACGUGGGUAAUGUCCUGAUGGCGUCAUGUCUCUGUGUAUGUCCAGCCACAUGUAGUUUAUUUUUUAUUUUUUACUCCCGUUGUAUCAUGAUGUUAUUGCAUUGGACAUCAUGCAUUAAGCUCCCAUUUAUUUAUUCUUUUGUGGUGUUUUACCUGUAAUGAUGCACAUGAACCUCCGCCUCCGCCUUGUACUGCUCACAUGUACGAUCACUGAUUUGAAUGACAGCCAUAACUGUAUAAGCAGAUUAGUUUUAUCUGGUUUGUAGGGCUGCAGUGAACAUGACUGCAACUGUGUUUACUGUUAAUUACUUUGCAAAAUUCUGGUCUGAAUGGAAUUUUAGAAUGUAAAUACUCCUGUACAUAGCCGUUAAUGGACAUUUAAAAUGCUUAGACUACUUUUUUCCCUGAAGCUGAUAUUUUUAUUUUAUACAAUAUUUCUGAGUUGUCAUUUGGAAAACAAAAAUCGAGGAGGAAAACAAUUGUUUGUACCCGUUUCAAGGACAUUGUCUUUGGUUACAUGUAAAUAGUUGUAUCUCAAAAAGAAAAAAAAGUUGCUACUUUCA